CAUUUUGAACUUUUUUUUUGGUUUUCCUUUAAUUUUUGAUUUGGGACCUUGUUCGAAAACUCCCAACUGCGCCACCGCGCGUUUUGACCCCUGAUUUCCGAUCUCAGAUCAAAUCCCUUUUAACUUAUUACAAUUCUCAGAAUCCCUCUUCCCCAAUUGGCGGCAAGUGUUUGUUCGUCCCCUGAUUCCUUUGAUUUUGGAGAAAUGGAGCGAUGGGCUAUGAUGAUGGCGUUUGCGGGGGUGUUUCUAUUGAGCAUGAGAAGAUCAGAAGGGAUUAGGUUUGUAAUAGACAGGGAAGAAUGUUUCUCUCACAAUGUUCAGUACGAUGGAGAUACUGUUCAUGUUUCUUUCGUCGUAAUUAAGGCUGAUUCCCCCUGGCACUACGGCGAUGAUGGAGUCGAUCUUGUGAUAAAGGGUCCCUCUGGUGAACAUCUUCAUGAUUUCCGCGACAAGACUAGUGAAAAGCAUGAAUUUGUUGCUCACAACAAAGGGAUUCACCGAUUCUGCUUCACGAACAAGUCUCCAUAUCACGAAACAAUAGACUUCGAUGUGCACGUCGGUCACUUUUCGUACCACGAGCAGCAUGCAAAAGAUGAGCAUUUCAACCCUUUGCUGGAUCAAAUAUCUAAGUUGGAGGAAGCUCUUUACAAUAUCCAGUUUGAGCAGCAUUGGUUAGAGGCUCAGACCGACCGCCAGGCAAUAGUGAAUGAUGGAAUGAGCAGAAGGGCAAUCCACAAGGCAAUGUUUGAAUCAGCAGCACUGGUAGGGGCCAGUGUCCUCCAAGUCUACUUGCUGCAACGCUUGUUUGAAAGGAAACUUGGGACUUCCAGAGUUUAGUGCCAUUACAACAACCAAACUUCUCUUCCCUUUUCACUUAUUCUCAGCAUAUUUUCCUAUUUAUGGUUUUAUUUAUCAUUGUGUAUCUUUUUUUCCCCCACACAACAUAAUAUGCUAAUUGGGUUUAAUAUAAAAGUUUUCUUACUCU